UUUACUGUUUGACAGUUGAAAACUGAAUGAUGGUGAUGAAUGUAAAUAAAUAUUAAAUUCAUAAACAUUUACUCUCCAAUCCAUCCAAAAUAAAGCAUUUAAAGUGAGGUGGCAGCAAAUGCAAAAUGUGUGAUCUAUUAAAAUCCGUAAGAGAAGAAAUAGUAGAUAUUGAGAGAAUAUGCAUUAAACCACAGGCAGAGCCGGUUGAAGAUAUUUAUAGUGCUGCAGCACCCUCUUUAGAAAACAUGCCACUUGAGAUUAUUUUGAAAAUAUGCUCAUAUUUGGAUGCAGAAUUUCUUAAAACUGUUCUAGGCCAAGUAUGUAGCCGAUUUGAUGAUAUUUUAGCAGAUGUUAGCAUCUGGAAACAUAGAGUGAUGUGCAAAAUAAGUGGGUGCUUUCCACCAUUAUCUAAUUUAGACAAUUGCAUUGAAGAUGAACUGGACUGGACUGAAAUGUGUAUUGAAAUGGAAGUUGAGAAAAAUAAGUGGUGCAAUGUUGACAAGGGAAUGAGCCACUUUGUUAUAAAAGAUGUACAUUAUGCAUCUGUUGAUGCAGUGAUCUUGGUUAAUGAAGGUAAAACAUGCAUAUCAGGUGGAAGAGACCGGUGCUUAGCAUUAUGGAAUAUAAUUGACUUCCAGUCUGAUGAAAAUCGUGGAGAUAACCUUGUUCAGAAUGAUUUGAAACCAACAAAAAUAAAGCAUGACGCUCAUUCUGGUUGGGUAUGGGAUCUAGCUACAAGUGAUGUCCCAGAGUCUUAUAUUUACUCUGCAUCAUGGGACAAUACAGUGAAGGCAUGGGAUAUAAGAAGUGAUUUUGAAUGUGUAGAAACAUUUCAGUGCCGAAUGUCUGCAUUAUCAGUUAUAGCGUAUGGCUACAACGUUAUGGCUGGUUUAUAUUCCAAGAAGAUAGUAACAUUUGAUGUCAGGAAUGGAGGUUUACCUGUUCAUGUGUACAAACCACAUAGAGGGCCAGUAUUGGCACUGACAACUUAUGGCAAUCUAGUUGCAUCAGUUAGUGAAGACAGAACUUUAGCUAUAUUUGAUAAAGUAGCUGGGAAAAUAAUGUAUAACAAUAUAAAAAUACCAUCAGAUAACGCAUACCCAGUGUGCUUGAGUUGGAACACAUACGCCAUGUACAUUAGCGAUUCAAAGGGUACUCUACAUCUCUUUGAUCCCAGUAAUCAAAAAUAUGUAAGAUCACACGAACUUUGGCCGGAAUCCGAAUCGGAUACUGGACGAUCGAAUAAGAUAGUUGGUUGCUAUCAAGGUCAAGGGACAGUAAUCUGCUGCUCAGAUAGAGGAGAAAUCAAAUUCUUAUACAAUUGCAGUCCGCCUAAAGAAUAUCAUAGUAUUCAAACUAAUACGGUUGACGUUACAAAGCUUCGUUAUUUAAACGGAAUUUUAGCUGUUGGAACAUGUGAUUCUGCUCUGGAACUCUGGAUACCGAAUGAAGAAUUUAAUAAACCUAAUUUAUGAAAAAUCUAUUCGGAUAUUAUGUAAAGAAGCCUAAUAUAAUAACAAAUGAAGAUAUACUAAAUUAAUGGCAAGCUUUUUUAAACUUGACAUUGCCUAUGCGCUUAACAAAGUAAUAAAUUCAAAGAAACGCAUGAAGUGUCUUAACAAAUGUGUUAUUAGAAAGCCAAAAUUGUAAAAAAAAUCUCAACGUUAAUGACGUUAGCCAUUAUUAUAUAAAGCCUGGCUAGAAAAAUGAAAAACCUGUUCUGGGGACGCCACAAAACAUUUGACGUUGUUAAUAUGACGAGGUUUACUAUUUUCCUGGUUAGGCUUUAAUUUUAGAAAUUGUAUUGCUAUAAUUGCAACAGUAAAGAUACUUGCGUGCGACCAAUCACAAAACUACGCGUUUGUAAUUGGUCGCACGCAAGGCGCAAUUUUCACGAAACUGCGGACGUGGGACGCUUUAGUUUAGCAUUCACUAAAUGCCUUCUCUACACUGAGGUGAUGUCGAGCACCUUAGUUCACAAUAGCUUGGCAGGCCAGUGGCUUAUCUAGUUUUUCCUUUUACUUAACUAUUGAUCAGAGUUCUAAGUGUGAGUUUUCCUACCUACGGUUGCUUAUUCGAUCGCGUGAAAGUUAAUUACGAUUUACAUGGUAUCAAAGGAGCGCCAUCUAGGUACAAUAUUGGGAAACAGACUUGUCUAAAGAGAGUUGUUAAAAAUUUUCACACUUUGCCCUCAGAUGCCCUGUAGGACUAGAAUGUGCGCAACGAGAUAAUUAUCUCUACAAUGUUUACCAUGGAGAUGAGCGAGAUAAUGGGUAGACAUAAGUCACGUGACGCGCAUUCUAGCCCUACUGGUGUAGUUAUAGAAGUUAUACUUCGAUUGUUGUUGAGCUUUUUGUAACAAUGGAAAUAGAUAAGUCAAAACAAAAUCAUGUUUGAAGUCCGAAGUGAAUCCGAAGAGGAUUCUACAUCCUGCCACAACUGACUGCGACCGCAUCCGCCAGUUUGGGGAACGGUUAAGUCCUCGCUGCUUACAAGUUUGUGCAGUCAAUCAAAUAGUUUACAGAAGGUACACUCACAGGUUAUUAUUUAAACUGUGAAAAUAGGUACCUUAUUUAAUCAUUUAGUACCUCAUUCUUUCUUGAAUGAGGUACUAAAUGUACAUUCAAAUAAUUAGAAUGUUAUAGACAUAACAUUCUAAUUAUUUGAAUCAUCCAAAUCGCGUACCAUUUGUGCCGAUCCUUUGAAGGUGCCGACGCCCGCCUUUCGUUCUAUAUACAUGCGGCCGUAUUCAACGCUCUCAAACUAUUUGAGCAAAUGAUUAUGACGCAACGACGAUGUAUGUGAAGAUGUAGGAUAUUAAAAUUAAAUGACGGAUUCAAUGGAUUGAUUUGUAAGGUUUUCACAUUCACGAACUCAUUGUGUAGCCAAUAGAACGCUUUUAGAAUUUUAUGUUUGUUUAUAAGUAAACAAAACAGGUGCCUAACUAAUAAUUUAAUUUUAUACUUUUAUAACAUUUCAGAUAGUAGAAAUAAUAUUUAUACGUCUUACACACAAGUGUGGCACAGAGUGCAAUAAAAAUCAAGGCGCAAAUUUAAAAUUUUAAUAUCAAUGCAAAUGUGUAUGUUUAAGUAUUUUUUGAAAGCGGUUUCAUACCAGUUACUGAAGGCAGAAGGAGAAAAAUAUUGCCUCAGUCUUUGUACACUCCACUUGUCUUAUAAUGCAAACAUCUUUUCAUUACUUUUUAAUGGUAAAGUUAAACUAUGUUUUCAAAAUGAAAAAAAAAAUUGUGGUAAAAAAAAUAAAAACAAACAAUGUAAAGCGAGGUUCACUUUUACAAAUGUGUUUCCAUUAUUUUGUUAGGUUUUUAAAACGAAUCUUUAACUUAAUACAGAAGAAAGAGAUAGCUCUGAAAGAAAAGAGUAACGAAAAUAGUUUACAUUAAAUUAAAUAUACUACGACAAUACACACAUCGCCAUCUAGCCCCAAAGUAAGCGUAGCUUGUGUUAUGGGUACUGAGAUAGCUGAUGAAUAUUUUUUUAUGAAUAUAAUACACAUAAAUACUUAUAAUAUACAGAUAAACACCCAGACACUGAAAAACAUUCAUGUUCAUCACACAAACACUCGCCAGUUGUGGGAAUCGAACCAUUAUAAGACAGGAAGGAAAAAUUUACUUUAGGAAGGUUUUUAUUGCUUUUUAUCAUCUUCAUAAAGAUGGGCGGAGUAGAGGGCGAACGACGCGUUGGAAGAAUGGUUGCGCAGCAUUCGUGAAUGGACCAAUAUCGUUAACGUGAAGCCCUUGUUUCGCUUGGCGCAAGACCGCGAGAAUUUCGCUGAGCUGACGGCUAACCUGCAUUAGUGGAGAUGCAGAGAAAGAAUAGGAAACGUAUAAUGGUUAUUUUAACACAUAUUUGUGCCUCCUGAAUAUUUAACAAAAUCUAAUACAAUAAUAAAUGUU